ACAACUAGAUACUCUGCUGGAGCAGUGAUGAGACAGUCAGUAUGUCAUAAAGUAAGAUGCUGUGGCUUUCCAACCAGACUAGAAUAUCCUUUUAAUUGAAGCCAAAAAAGCCUUUGGAUCCCUAAUACAACCGGCAUGCUCGAUAUUUGCACUGGAAAACAGUAAAAGCAAGCAAAAGUACCACAAUACUUUUGCUUAUAAUAAAAGUUAAAACAAUCAAACCAAAUAAAUAAUGAUUCUCAAAAAGCAGACUGAAGGUUAAAUCAGCAAGCAAAUCAAGCAUGGUAUUUUGAAGUAUGAUUAAACUCCUGAUGCUGCAGCAGAGACUAAGAAUAUUAAUGGCCAGAUCUAGAGCUCACAUGGUCUUCUGAAGAAGCCAUGGGUAGCUGUUGUAGCUGUCCAGAUAAAGACACCAUCCCAGAUAACCAUCGAAACAAGUUCAAGGUCAUUAAUGUGGACGAUGAUGGAAAUGAGUUAGGUUCUGGCAUAAUGGAGCUUACAGACACAGAACUGAUUUUGUAUACCCGCAAACGUGACUCGGUAAAAUGGCACUACCUCUGCCUGCGACGCUAUGGCUAUGAUUCAAAUCUCUUUUCUUUUGAAAGUGGUCGAAGGUGUCAAACUGGACAAGGAAUCUUUGCCUUUAAGUGUGCUCGUGCAGAAGAAUUAUUCAACAUGUUGCAAGAGAUUAUGCAAAAUAAUAGUAUAAAUGUGGUGGAGGAGCCAGUGGUAGAAAGGACCAACCCUCAGGCAGAAUUGGAGGUUCCCAGAACACCUCGAACACCUACAACUCCAGGGUUUGCUGCUCAGAGCUUACCUAAUGGAUAUCCCCGAUAUCCCUCAUUUGGAGAUGGCUCAUCUCAUCCUUCAAGCAGACAUCCUUCUGUGGGAAGUGCCCGCCUGCCUUCAGUAGGUGAAGAAUCGACACACCCUUUGCUUGUAUCUGAGGAUCAAGUACAUACCUAUGUCAACACUACAGGUGUUCAAGAAGAGCGAAAAAACCGAACCAGUGUACAUGUCCCGCUGGAGGCCAGGGUUUCUAAUGCUGAGAGCAAUACCCCAAAAGAGGAACCAAAUAGUAUUGAAGACAGGGACCCUCAGGUUCUUCUUGAGCCUGAAGGAGUCAAAUUUGUUUUAGGACCAACUCCUGUUCAGAAGCAAUUAAUGGAAAAUGAGAAACUGGAGCAACUUGGAAGAGAUCAAGUUAGCGCAAGUGGAGGAAGUAACACAGAACGGGACACUGGAUAUGACAGUGAUGAGCGCAGAGAUGGACCCUCUGUUAACAAACUAGUGUAUGAAAACAUAAAUGGGCUAUCUAUCCCUAGUGCCUCAGGGGUCAGGAGAGGUCGUCUGACAUCCACCAGUACCUCAGAUACCCAGAACAUCAACAACUCAGCUCAGAGGAGAACUGCAUUAUUAAAUUAUGAAAACCUGCCAUCUUUGCCUCCUGUUUGGGAAGCCCGCAAGCUUAGUAGAGAUGAAGAUGAUAACUUAGGACCAAAGACUCCAUCUCUGAAUGGCUACCAUAAUAAUCUAGAUGCAAUGCAUAACUAUGUAAAUACAGAGAAUGUAACAGUGCCAGCAAGUGCUCACAGAACAGAACAUUCAAGGUGUCGGGACUGUGCACCAACAGUCUUUAACUUUGAUAUCAGACGCCCGAGUCUGGAACACAGGCAGCUCAAUUACAUACAAGUUGACUUGGAAGGUGGCAGUGAUUCGGAUAAUCCUCAGACGCCAAAAACGCCUACCACGUCUCUGCCACAAACGCCUACCAGGCGCACCGAGUUGUAUGCUGUGAUAGACAUUGAGAAAACUGCUGCUAUGUCAAAUUUGCAGAAAGCACUGCCACGAGAUGAUGGUACAUCUAGGAAAACUAGGCAUAAUAGUACUGAUCUGCCCAUGUGAGCCUGGAAAGCAUUACAUUGUGUGCACCUUUGUGAAGUUUUAAAAUAUGAAGAUGCAAGUGCUUCAUGUUCAUUUCUAAACACUAACUUUUUAUAGACUGAUACAAUUUUGUUUCCUGACUAUUCCAUGUGCUUCUUUAAAGGGAAUUAAUGUAGAGCAGGUACUCAUUAAGGAACACUAAUUUCAUUAUAUACUACUCAUUCUUGUACAGCAGCACUCCCAUUUUCACAGUGCCUAUUUAAAACGAGAGUCUGAGUAAGUGACAUGCUGGUUGAUUUCUCUUGAUGUUCUGGACUUAUGCAUAUCAUUCAUGUGUAAGUCAUGGCUGGCAUUGAAAACAUUUUAUAAAGCCUCUUGAUAAUGUGCAUUGCUAGCGGAUAACUGUAGGAUUUGAAAGUAAUAUGUGUAGAUUCACUGUCCAUGGUAUGUGGCCGCCAGCAUGUAACAUGAGGAAUCCUUUAUUUCCUUCACUAAUGGCUUUUCAACUUGAGCCAAAACCUAUGUAAAGGAAAUAUAAAUACCACACUUCCUUAUAUACCAGUCAGCUCCUUUGCCUUGAGCGUCAUUGGAGAGAGUCCCCGGUCCAUGGAUCAGAUUGGCUGUUGGUGUGUGAGAAAGGCGAGAAGGAGAAAGGACUUUAUGUUUACUCAUCUCAUGAUGUCAUUUGAAGGGCAUGCGCAGAUCUCUUCAUCAAAAUCAUAAUAGGCUCAUGAAUCAGUCUCAGGUCACUUUACCCAAAAGCAUUUGAAAAUCUGAACCACGAUCUCUGAAAUUUCCUGUCCUAUAAAUAAGUAUCAUUGUCUUCUGGAGGUAUUUGUGCCAUUUGGUUUCCGUUUACCUUCAGGGGGGUUUUCCUUUGGUGUUUGGGGUAUGUUGUUUUGUUGCUUGAUGUCUUUUUCAACUUAAAAUGCCUAAGUUUGUAUAUAGUUUAUUGGAUUAUAUGUUCAUUGUUGUUUGGUUUGCAUUUUUUCCCCCGUCAAAUUAAUGAUUUUGAAGGUUCAUUUGGAACUUACUGUUAUUCUAUAACAGGGUUGCCCUUGUUCAGUAUUUAUUUAUUUGCUGUUUACUUUUCUAGUUGAUAAAAACAUUUUUUCAAAUUUUAAUUUCACUUGUGUCCAUAGGUGAUCUUUUUAGCAGCUGAGAAAAAAAGAAAAGAUAGUUUGCCCAUGCAGAGUUUACCCUAAGGCACGGUGUUCGCUCUGUGGGCACUCCUCCCAGCACUUUAGCAGUGACUCACUCGGUUCCAUGGCUGCACUCGUCCGCUGCCCGCUGUUUGUUCCUCAGCUCUGCUGCGCUUUCACUCAUAGCUGGACCUUUGAGUAUCUCUUGAUGACUACAGAAUAUUAAUAUUGUUGCCAGCAAAGCAGGUUCAAGUGAAAGUCUUGUAGCAAUGAGACUGUGUCAUACGUAAGGAUUUAGGAUGAAUUGAAGUUCAUUUGAACGGAUGAGAGUCCUUGAAAAGCAAGCAUGUUCUGGUUUCCCAAACACUGGAGCAUAUCAAAAGGUUAGGUGGAGUGCAGGUUUGGUCACCGUACAAAAUAUUUCACUAUCUUCACAGAACCCGCGCAAGUCUGAGCUUGUGAUCGGGAUCGACCAGAUGUAAUUAAGGAGAAUUCAGCAAGAAAAAGUGUCAGUCCAAAUCACCUCCAGCCUAAACAUCAACAAUGUGUUAGCAGAACCAUCGAGCAGGACCAUUAUAAAGAAAAGAAAUGAUAAAGGCGUCCUUAGCAUUUUCAGUGCCAUUGGUUGGUGUGCAUAGCAGAUUUUCUUUCUUUCUCGUGUGUGACCUGGGUGCUUGUUAAAGAGUUUGCUGUUCUUUAAAAAAGAGAUCAGUGGCAUAGGUGUGCAGUUUCCAUUUUAA